AUGAGAGCUUAUAGAUGUCUUGUAGCUUUAAAAGGAGGGCAUCACAAUGUCAAUGGGACGCCGGUCGAUUUUAAAAACUUUAGCCACCAGCUGCGAAUUUUUAUUGGUGAACGCGACGCACAAGUUUUCCUUGAACGCUUGCGUGAGCGUUUUGACAACCUACCCAACUUCUUUUUUGAUUACACUGUAUCAAACGGAAAGUUGUCCUCUGUAUUCUGGGCUGAUGAGAUUUCAAAGCUAAACUACAAAGCUUUUGGCGAUGUCCUGGCGUUUGACGCAACUUACAGCAUAAACAGGUACAAGAUGGUUUUUGUGCCAUUCACGGGUGUGGAUCAUCAUUUCCAAUGUGUUACAUUUGGAGCGGGUUUGAUAUCAACCGAGUCCAUUGAAUCUUACGUGUGGUUGCUUAAGGCUUUCUUAAAGGCACACGGUACUCAACCAACUCUCGUGCUGAGUGAUCAAGACCCAUCCAUGCUACAAGCUGUUCCUAUGGUCUUUACCGAAUCACGACACCGUCUAUGCAUGUGGCAUAUAAUGAAAAAACUACCCUCCAAGAUCUCUGCCGACGUGCUCGAUAACACUGAUCUUCGGUCCUGCAUUCACCGGUUGGUUUGGAAUGUUUAUAUCAAACCUGAAACGUUUGAGUCCCGCUGGAAUGACCUCCUACAAACAUUUGGGCUUCAAGACCACAGCUGGUUGAACGACAUGUACAACAUCAAACAUCUCUGGGUACCAGCCUACUUCAAGGAACUGCCCAUGUGUUGCUUGAUGAAGACCACCUCCCGCUGCGAAAGCUCUAACGCUGCCUUCAAGGUUAACUCAACAAGCGCAAACACCCUUGUACAAUUUAUGAUGUGCUUUGAAAAUAGGGUAGACAGCCAACGAUAUCGUCAACGUGUUUCGAAGUUCAAAACCUCAUCCACAAUGUUCACUGGCAAUACUGAUUUAGCGAUAGAACAGCACACGUUCGCCAUUUACACAAACGCUGUUUUCGCGCAAGUUCAAAAAGAGAUAAUUAAAAGGAAGUUUUUAUGCUACAUCAUAAACCAAACCGAGACCAGCGAUUCCAGUCUUCUGAUAGACGUCACUCAUUUGGAUAAAAGGAACAACAUCACAAACGUCUAUCAGGUUACGUAUAACAAUGUGGAUCAAUCGGCCAGUUGCUCAUGCAGGAAUUUCACACGUAUCGGAUAUCUGUGUCGCCAUGUCUUUUGCGUCUAUCGCUUGAAAAAUGUUGAAAGGAUUCCACCACAAUACAUAAACGAUAGGUGGCGUCGAGAUGCCCUCCCCAAACAUGUUUUUUCAAUUUCCAGUCGAUACGGAGUCAACCCACAUGCACCGUCCGUUAUGCGGAAUGAAAUCCUCGACCUCGUUACUGAAUGCGUUGAUGUUGCCAGAACCGACGAGGAUGCGUUGGCAAAAUUGGUUGACCAACUCAGGGAUUUCAAGAUCAAUGUUCUUUCCAAGCAACCUUUGUCAACAACUGAAAAUGAAUCAAAUGAGUGUCAAAUGGAAGAAAUAGUUGGACAGCCAAUCAACAUUCCAGUCGAAGUUGCUAAUCCAGAAGUUGCACGCAAUAAAGGAUGUGGUACUCAUACUCGCAUUUCUGGGCCCGGUGAGAAGGCCAAAGCAAAACCACCAAAACGUCCAAAGCAGCUUCGUUUAUGCAAGCGUUGUGGUCUGUAUGUCGACGACCACGACUCACGCAACUGCCUUAAGGUGGCUGCAAUGAAAGCAGCAAAGGCAGCUGCUGAACAACAAAGGCAGACCGCCACUGGCGACUGA